UGCUUGUAGCUUUCUCACCGACCGUUACUCCACAUUCUUUUCAAAUAUCCUCUCUGUUGCUUGACCCGACUCGCGACCUCCCUUCAGUCGAGCUCGUGUCGCUUUGGAACCUCGCCCGGCAUUCACGGAUCACAGAUCGCAGAUCGCGGAUCAGCGCCCGGACCGAUCGGUGAUCGGUGAGGCGCACUUUGGUCUCGUUGACCCAUGUCUACCUUCCUUUCACUCCUUUAUCUCGCUCUCCUUCCUACCAUCAUCGUCACUACCGCUAAUCCAGAUGUCACAGUAUACACGGGGCAGGCCACAGCCACCACUUCCGCAGCAGCCGACUCGACAUAUACCGGUCUUCCAGCCUAUGACCCGACCGUUCUCACACCUCCCCCAGCUCCACAACCCCCAAUCAAUUCCUAUACCCUUGCCCUCCCUGCUUCGGCCGCCGAUCUUGGUAGCAACUACUCGCUGAGCAUACCUCAGAAGGGUAAUUUCUUGGGCUUCAGUAUAGAGCUGUCAGUCGCCAACACCGUGCUUGGAGAAAAAGGCAAUGAACUCAAAGUCCCUUUCCUCAAUUACAUGGCAAAUAUCCGAGAUCGAGCUGGCGCAGGACCAAUCAUUCGGGUGGGAGGGAACAGUCAAGAAGGUAGCACUAUCUUUGCCGAUGGGUUGGAAGAUGGCGAGAGUCUUGACAAAAUCAAGGUCUCGGACGAUGUCACGGCAACACCGAUAAUCAACUACUCCCCCGAACUGCUCUAUACAAUGGCCAAUAUCUCGACGCUUUUGGAUGUUGAGUGGUUCUUUGGUCUGGCAUUCAAUGAAACCAGCGUGGACGGCAAUGACGUCAAUAUCCCUGUUGCGGCGGAGUGGGCCCAGAAGAUACUUGGCUCUAAUCUUCGAGGCUUAGCUGUGGGCAAUGAACCUGAUCUGUAUGUUGAUCACUCUGCCCGUCCAGCCGGCUGGGGUGUGUCAGAUUACGUGAACGAAUACAAAACCGUGGUUGAUACUAUCGUGAACGCCAACGUUCUAUCCAACUCUCAGACGUUCAUCGGUCCAUCGGUAUGCUGUCAGCGCGAGGGCUUCGAGCUCGAUGACGUGAUCGCAGCCAGCUGGCUCAGCGAUAAUCAAGAUCGCCUAGCAGCUGUCACCGUCCAACACUACCCCACCAACAAUUGCGAUGGAACGAUUCAGGCACAAGACAUCUUCGCCGAUUUUUUAAAUCACACCAGCGCUGAAUCAUUGACUAGUUUAUACUUGUCAAAUUCUGCCGAGCUGCAGGCAGCGGGGAAAGAAUUAAUCAUGCUCGAAAUGAAUACUGCAAGUUGUGGGGGUUUUCCGGGACUCUCUGAUAGUUUUGGGGCGGCCAUGUGGAUGACUGAUUGGGCCCUUCAACUUGCUUGGGCCAACUUCAGCGCCGCACUCAUGCAUGUUGGUGGCCAGAACGUUUAUUACAAUCCCUUCCUUCCACCUCCUUCCAGCAUGGCCAAAGUUUAUCAAUGGACAACUGGGUCUGUCUAUUACUCUACUCUGGUCAUUGCCGAGGUAUUUGGCUCUUCGAACAAAUCCCAAGUGGUGGAUCUACAAGUCGACGACGCCAACAUAUAUCACCCCGCGUACGCCAUCUAUGAGGACGGGCAGCCAACUCGAGUAGUUCUCUUCAAUUACAUCAACGAUCCAACCGGAGCUUCACAACUUACGGUCAACAUUGCCUCUUCAGCAUUCUCCGUGUCCGUACGGUAUCUGUCAGCGCCGACUGUCAGCGAACAAUAUAACAUCACCUGGGCCGGCCAGACGCUUGGAGUCUCAUUCAGCUCCGACGGGCGACUGUACGGCACCGAACAGACAUCUGUAGUACAAUGCACCGACGGGAACUGCCCCAUCGAGGUGUCCGCCCCCAGUAUUGCCGUCGUUUACUUGACGGAUCAAGCCCUGGCGGAUUCGAGUGUCCCUCAAGAUGCAACUAGUACAUAUGCAACGACAGUCGUGGGGCAUGGAAGUGCAACUGUGGAGGCGGGCGCGUUGUCGACUGGUAAUGGCCAAAAUGCUCCAUCCGGCGUCAGUGGUAGCACUAGUGAAGGAAGCACGAGCGGGUCAUUGAGGCAGUAUUGUACCCCUUCUUUGUGGGCAGCGUUGGGGCUAGUGAUCUGGCUGUUUCCGGUGGCAGUGCGGUAA